UAUAAGUAUUGUCUAUAUUUUAUCUGUGUAUUUAUUUGUACAACUAAGUUUCCCGCAUAUUUAUAUUGCCGGUAACAGUUAAAAAUAAAUUUUGUAUUGUUUCCGUCUUUAUACAUUCUAAUACAAAAUGUCGAGUACUUCGCAAAAGCAUAGAAACUUUGUGGCUGAACCUAUGGGAGAGAAGCCUGUAACAGACUUGGCCGGUGUUGGUGAAGUAUUGGGAAAGAGACUUGAAACUGCUGGUUUUGAUAAGGCUUAUGUUGUGCUGGGUCAGUUCUUAGUUCUAAAGAAAGACAAAGAACUAUUUCAAGAAUGGAUGAAAGAAACUUGUAGUGCCAACUCAAAACAGUCCUCUGAUUGUUAUGAGUGUUUAAAAGAUUGGUGUGAUGAAUUUUUGUAAUCUCUUGACUUUAUAUUGUUAUAAUGUUCAACUAACUUACACAAAGAUUAAAUAACAUAGACAAGUUUUAUAAAACAUAUUUGAGGUCUAAGCUUAUACCGGUUAAAGUUCAGAUGUAUAUAAAGUUUAUUAGUAUUAUACUGGAGACUGUACUAAACAUUUUUGUGAAUUGUCAUUAUAUCACAGAUAUCUAUUGAUAUUUUUCAAUAAUAAAUUACUUUUACCAGUGGUAAAGCCAUGCAA